AUGGCGACAAUGUUCAAUCUUCCAGAUGAGUUAGCAGAGGAGAUAUUGUCUAGGGUUCCAUUGACAUCCCUAAGUUCAGUGCGUUCCACUUGCAGAAAGUGGGACACUUUAUCCCAAAACAGGGUUUUUGAUACGUCAGCAUCAGCAGGAAGGAAACAGUUUCUAGGGUUCAUGCUGAAGGAUUAUAAGGUUUGUUCGAUGAAAUUGGAUCUUCAAGGAAUUGGAAACGAAAGAGACUUCGUUGAUCCAUCUAUAAAGCAAGUACUUGACCAAGUAGAUAUCACUCAAGUAUUUCACUGUGAAGGCUUAUUGCUAUGCAUCACCAAGGACAAGUUCAGGCUUUUGGUGUGGAAUACUUAUUUGGGGCAAACAAGGUGGAUCCAGCCAAGAAACACUUACCGAAGUGAAGACAGAUAUGCUAUCGGAUAUGAAAAGAAUCUUAACUACAAAAUCUUGAGGAUUUUUGGCGAGUAUGACACCAAGGGUGAACUUGAAGCAUCGACGAACACCUGGUUUUUUUGGUACGAAAUAUAUGAUUUGAGUUCUGAUUCGUGGAAGGUUUUUAACGUCAGUCCCGACUGAAAUAUAGAUUAUUAUCAACGAGGUGUGACUUUGAAGGGGCAUACUUAUUUUUUGACCAGAGAAAGAUGGACAGUGGGGGGCCUGAAGGUAAAUAAUAUUGAGGAUAUAAUCUCUUUUGAUUUUACAACAAAGUGAUUUGGUAAGCGGCUGCCUCCACCAUUUACCGCUCAUAGUGUAGAUAUAUUUGUGUUGUUAUGUUUUGUUAGAGAGGAGCAGCUUGCGGUCUUACAGGAAAGCUGGGUGAACGGUCCUGCAUUGGAGAUUUGGAUAACAAAUAAGAUUGAUCAAGACGCAGUUUCAUGGAGCAAGUUAUUGAGGUCAAUCUCUAUUUUUAACGUUGAUGGUCUAGCUGGGAGUUUCUUCAUUGACGAGGAAAGUUGCUGUGAUUGUCGAUCUAGACAAUGGUGGACACGGACUGAGAUCCGGUACAACCAAAGAGCUAACAUAAUUGGACACGAUGAAUAUUUUAAGUCUGUGAAUAUGGGAGAGGCUCUGAAUCAUAGAAAACACAACAAAUUUGGAUUUGUGCUCCCGGUAUUCUAG